CCAGUUAUUUUAGAUCGACGUAAAAUGAUGAAACUUUUGCUUUGUGUCCUGUUGGCGGCCUCCUGCUCAGCUGACUUCUUCCUGUCCGAAGUGGAACCCUUUAUAACCAAUGGAGAGCUGGCGGAUGUGGGUCAGUUUCCCUACCAGGCGGGUCUGAAUGUCUCCUAUGGAAAUUGGAGCACCUGGUGCGGUGGAACCUUGAUCUCCCAUUACUGGAUAAUCACAGCGGCCCACUGCAUGGAUGGAGCAGAGUCCGUAACGGUCUAUUUGGGUGCCAUCGACAUUCACAAUGCUACUGAGGAGGGUCAGCGGAGGAUCGUGGUCCAGAAGCCGGGCAUUAUAGUGCACUCCAACUACACGGCCAGCACGGUGGUCAACGACAUCUCGCUGAUUCGCCUGCCCUCCUUUGUGACCUUCACCGAUCGCAUAAGGGCCGCCAAUUUGCCGCGUCGUUUGAAUGGGAAAUUUCCCACCUACGAAUCCGUGCGGGCCUUUGCCUCCGGCUGGGGACGCGACAGCGAUGCCUCCGAAACGGUCUCGCCCGUUCUGCGGUACGUGGAGAUGCCCGUGAUGCCGUACGCCCUGUGCCGGAUGUACUGGAGCGGAGCUGUGUCGGAGAAGAUGAUCUGCAUGAGCACGACCAGCGGCAAGUCCACCUGCCACGGCGACUCCGGCGGCCCGUUGGUCUACAAGCAGGGAAACUCCAGUUACCUGAUCGGAUCCACCUCCUUUGGCACCUCCAUGGGCUGCCAGGUGGGAUUUCCGGCCGUGUUCACGCGGAUUAGCAGCUACUUGGAGUGGAUCCUAAAGCACGUAAUCGCACACGGCUAAAGCUUACCUAAUUAUUGCGAUAUUAUCUGAUUACAAUUUCAAAUAACAAAGAACUAUUAA